AACCACUUGUACUAUAAUACAAUAUUAUUAUUAUAUAAUAAUAUAAAAUAUGUCUAUAUAUAUAUACAUAACGACGUCUUUCUAACUCCAACUACCCAGAUACAAAAACGUGCUUCAUUAUCUAAAGCAUAAAAACAAAUAAAUGGUGGGUGGAAAAUGGUGGUGUUUCGGUGGCCGGAGCUCCGGCGAAAAUGGUCCUGAUCUUGACCCGGUACUUCUGGUUAGUGGGAUUGGUGGGUCUAUUCUAAAUUCCAAACCCAAAAGUUGGUUCGGGUUAACAACCCGGGUUUGGGUCCGAAUUCUUCUUGCUGAUUUGGAGUUCAGGAAAAGAGUCUGGUCACUUUACAAUCCUGACACUGGCUAUACUGAAGAAUUGGAUGAUAGUUCUACUAUUGUUGUUCCAGAAGACGAUUAUGGACUUUAUGCUAUUGAUAUUUUGGAUCCCUCAUUUUGGAUAAAAUGUUUACACGUGACGGAUGUAUAUCAUUUUCAUGACAUGAUCGAUAUGCUUGUUAAUUGUGGAUACAAGAAAGGAACCACAUUGUUCGGAUAUGGUUAUGACUUCCGCCAGAGCAAUAGAAUUGACCAAUUAAUGGAUGGCCUCAAAAAAAAGCUAGAGACUGCAUAUAAUGCUGCUGGGGGUAGGAAAGUCAACCUUAUAUCACACUCAAUGGGUGGAUUGCUAGUGUCGUGUUUCAUAUCACUUCAUUCUGAUGUGUUUGCCAAGUAUGUUAAUAAGUGGAUAACUAUUGCAAGCCCUUUCCAAGGUGCACCGGGAUGCAUCAACGAUACACUUUUAACUGGAUUACAGUUUGUGGAGGGACUUGAAAGCUACUUCUUUGUAUCGAGGUGGUCAAUGCAUCAACUGUUGGUGGAAUGCCCAUCAAUAUACGAGAUGAUGCCCAAUCCUGAAUUCAAAUGGAAAAAGCAACCUGAGAUUAAGGUCUGGAAAAAUUGUUCAGAAAAUGGAGAAGAUUCAGUUAAAUUGGAAAGUUAUGGCACAACUGGAUGUGUAGAGCUGUUUGUAGAAGCAUUGAAGGACAACGAGAUAGAGUAUAACAAGAAGACUAUAUCUCUGCCAUUCAACUAUGAUAUCUACAAAUGGGCUGCUACUACACGCAAGAUGCUAAACAGUGUGCAACUUCCUAAAGGAAUUGAGUUUUACAAUAUAUAUGGAACAUCGUUGGAAACACCAUUUGAUGUUUGUUAUGGUUCGGAAACUGAUCCAGUCAACGAGCCAUCUGAAAUUUGCCAUACAUUGCCUGAAUACUCGUAUGUGGAUGGAGAUGGAACAGUACCCUCUGAGUCUGCAAUGGCUGAUGGUUUUGAAGCAAUUGAGCGGGUAGGAAUCCCGGGUGCUCAUCGGGCACUAUUAAGAGAUGAAACUGUAUUUUCAUACAUACGGAAGUGGUUAGGAAUCGAAGAAUUGAACAGCUCACGUGUUAAAACCUCCAAAAUCGUCAAUGUUGAUUCAUCUUGAAGCUUUAAUAAUGGAGUUCGGUUUGGGAUAAUGGUUGUGGUCUUGUAUCUUAGUAAUUCAUGACAUAAAGUAGGCAAGACGUUGCAAAGUAUUUGUAACUUGCAAGUUAGUGUCGUUAGCGACUAGCUCUUUAGGUUUGUAUUACUAUGUUGCAAUAAGAAUUCACUUUGGUAUAAUAAAAUCAGUUGGCAAGGACUAGUUGAAUAAAA